AUCAGAAGUAUCCCCAAGACAGCAGAAGCAUGGCAGAGGAGCUGGGGCUGGGCUUUGGGGAAGCAGUCCCAGUGGAAAUGCUGCCGGAAGGCUGCCGGCACAGGCGAGAGGCCAGGACCGGGCUAGCAGCCAGGAGCAAAGCCUGUUUGGCUCUCACCUGCUGCCUGUUAUCAUUUCCCAUCCUCGCAGGACUUAGCACCCUCCUGAUGACUGGCCAGCUCCGGAUCCCCGGAAAAGACUGUAUGUUUCCGACUGUGACAGAAGAGAGGUCUGCCCCUUCAGCACAACCAGUUUACACACCUUCCAGAGACAAGCCAAAAGCCCACCUGACAAUUAUGAGACAAACUCCUGUACCACAUCUGAAAAAUGAACUGGCUGCUCUACACUGGGAGAAUAACCUAGGGAUGGCCUUCACCAAGAACCGAAUGAACUACACCAACAAAUUCCUGGUGAUCCCAGAGUCAGGAGACUAUUUCAUCUACUCCCAGAUCACAUUCCGAGGAACCACAUCUGAGUGUGGUGACAUCAGCAGGGUGAGACGGCCAAAAAAGCCAGACUCCAUCACUGUGGUUAUCACCAAGGUAGCAGACAGCUACCCUGAGCCUGCCCACCUCCUUACAGGGACCAAGUCUGUGUGUGAAAUAAGCAGCAACUGGUUUCAGCCCAUCUACCUUGGGGCCAUGUUCUCCUUGGAAGAAGGGGACAGGCUGAUGGUAAAUGUCAGUGACAUCUCCUUGGUGGAUUACACAAAAGAAGAUAAAACUUUCUUUGGAGCCUUCUUGAUAUGAGGAGGAAGCAACCAUCAUUCCACGGGGUUUUCCUGCCUUCUACUUCCCAAUUUCCUUUGCUUAUAUGGAACUAUAAACAGGGGCUUUAGAGGGAUCAGGGAUAGGGAACAGUGGUUUAGCUAUAUAAUUUAGGAACCCAAAGUUGAUCCUUAUAUGCCUUAUGGACUGAAAUAGUAAAUGAAGAACUCAGAACAGCUCCUGGUUGAUAGAGACCUGCUGGGUUUUAAAAAUUCAAACACCCAUCAUCCAAUGGCACAAAUCUACUGGUCUCACGGUGCCCUCUGUCCUAGACCUCUCUGAACCAGCAGUUCAGUUAUAGCUGAAUUUGAUAAUAAACUUACUUCAGUCCAAGAGUUAAGGACAGAAUGCAAAGAAAGUCUGAGAAAACGAUUUAAUUCCUCCAGAGGCAAAAGUCUUUUGUUUGCAUUUCAACAUUCUUUUGUGCCUAACCUAAAAACUAAGAAAGAAAGAAACAACAACAACAACAAAAAAAAAAAAAACCCAAAGAAACAAAGAAAUGAAGAAAAACAAAGAAAAGACAAAAAGAAAAGGAAAGGAAAAAGAAAAGAACUGGUAUUUUCACGAAUAUUCUCCAAAAAGGAAAUGGUUUUCUGCUGUGCCGGAGCAAGCUCACCUUUCUUCUGAAUGCAUUCUUUAAUAUCCAAACAUGCCAGUAGGAAUUCCACAUGCACAUGGAACAUAGAACACUUUUAUUGUUGUGAGACCGUGUUUCUUGAGUACCUACUCUGCUCUGGGCACUCAGUCCACAGGACCAUGAAGAGAAAGUCAAAUUUACUUAAAAACUAAAUGAAUUCUCAAUGCAUACUUCCUAAUCAACUACCACUCAGAAUGUUCCAAAGACUAACUUCAAGUCAGCCAUCAAGGUGAUUUGCAAGUAAUGGUGCUUGUUAUCAAGCCUGAGACCCCGAGUUUGACUUCCCAGAACCCAAAAGCUGGAAGGAGAGAACUGACUCCCACAAGCUAUCCUCAACCCUCACACAAAUGCCAUGGCAUGCAUAUACUAACUAAAUAAAUAAAUGUUAAAGCAAAGUUUAAAGAAAAAUUUCAAGUCAUGCAAGACAGCGUUCCUGAAAAUGUUCUCUCUGUUGCUGUCCAGGGUAGGCUAGCCAGCUGAUAGAGACACUGAAGGAAAUUAGAGACAGAUAUCUGGUGGAAUGGACCACUGUAUGAACACUUGAUUCAUGCCAGGAUUCAAUGUACUUAUUCUCCGACAACCAACAAAGUGUCAAUCAUCAAAUCUGGAGAAGUCUAUCUGGAUCUGCUCUCAAGUUUGGUUUGCAGCUUUAAAUGAAGAAUGCUGUAUGGGUAUUUUUGCCUUAAAAUAUUCAAAGGGAUUUAAAUAUGGAAUUAAUUAACCAACCCAGACAAAGCCUCUUCUUGGAGGAGAACUUGGAGGAUGAGGUCCUACUGUGCUUCCUUGGUUUCAUUUCUUUAGUGUGGUUUUCUAAUACUAACAGAGAUAAGAGGGGGUGACCAUGGUCUUUUAGCUGCUUGACUGGUCUGUUCAGCAAAAAUUUAUUCAUUUUUCAAGACCAAAUGAGGCCAUUAGAAGAAGGCACAUUAACUUCAUGCAUUUGAUAUAAUGUGACCUAUUGUGUGACCUUUACAAGAUCAAUAAUAUUUUAACAGUGAUGCUUGAUUCCAUGACCAAAUUCAACAUCCCACCAGGUGAAUAAAACGUGGGUGUGAACUGUGGUCAGUUCCUUCCAAUUCCACAUCUCUGUUAGAAGUGCUCAUGUGAUGGCAGAUGCCACAAAGGAGUCGGAUGGUAAACUUGGCCCCAAAUAACUGCUGAGCCAUCUGCUAGGAAAAAUUAGUAGUGCUGGGUAGUGUGGCUCCCUCACAACCACUGGUAGAGUAGUAGUAGCUGAACAAAAUUUGUUGUGUAAUAAUUUGUUACAAAAUUCAUCUCCACUGCCUACCAAACCUAGGUUGUAUAAUAUCUAACUUCUGCUAAGCUGGCUUACAUUGGUCCUUUUGCUGUCUUCAACUUCUUGAAAAAGGCCUCAGUGAGAACACAGGGAAAAGUGAGGUCACCCCCACCCCUGUUCUUCAUAGGGGAAAAUCACACCUGAAAGAAGCUGGGCAGACUUGGUGACCAGGAGGAAGAGGUAUUGCUUAGGUCUAAAACCCUGAGAGUAAUGUUCAUUGGUCAAUUAAGGAUGCUUUGUCAAUGACUCCAGUCUGGCUCCGAGGUCAGAAAGGAGAGUGAGAUGCUCUCUCUGCCCACGUUUAUCUUCCGGGUGCAUGAGAACACUGAGCAACAUAGAGUUAUGGGAAAAGACUUGCCCAAAAGCAGUCAGGGUGACCCGGUCACCUCCUCCACUAAACCCAAGCUUUGUGCCAACACCCUUCAAAGCUGCCCAGAAGUGAUCUAGAUGGCUUGGAAAUUUAUCCAAGACAGGAAUUUCCUGAUAUCCAAAGGUGCUUGAGGCUUUGUCCCUGACAUAUUGGACUCAAACCAGCAUUUCCAUAGCAAACAGGAGCAUGAUGGGUUUUUUUUUUAAUCAAAAUGGAAAAAAUAGUUUUAAGAAUACGUGAUGGAGUCAAUGGCAUACAUCUGUAAUCCCAGCCGAUGGGAGUCUGAGCCAGGAGGAUUGUCAUGAGUUUGAGGAGAGCCUGGGCUAAAUUGUGAUUUUCAAGAAAGCCUAGUCUACAAAACAAGACCUUGCUUUAAUUAAAAAAAAAAAAAAGAAGAAGAAGACCACAGGCUGGUCCUUAGAGAUAAGGUAAUAUAUUCAUGGAUUUGGAUCAGGAGGUAUAUGUUUUGGAAAAUAGUUAAUUUAGCGAGAAUGCUGUCUCAAAGGUUGCUUAACUCAAAUCAAGUCUAUAAAUAUUUACCUAGUACUUGCUUGCCCUGAAGACAGAGACAUAAAUUAUUUUAGUCUCAGAUCCAUUCGUUCUAACAGAUUGGCAUCUCCAUCAUCUGUGGAGCUUUUAAUCACUCUGGUUGUAUUAGCUAAUUAAUUAGCUAACUUGAGACACACUGAUACUUUCUUAUUAUGAACAUGGGUGCAUUUGACAAAGAACAAUCAUUAACAAAAUGGUUUGAAUUUCCACUUAAGUGGUUUUCUUUUUUCUUUUUCUUUUUCUUUUUUUUAAAAAAAAAAACAAACUAGCUAAUCAAGGGCAGUUUCCCAUAAAUCAAUGCCCAGGGGAGUGUCAGGAUACAGUGCCCUGUGGUGAGAGCCAGCAUUGAGACAACAUUCUCAAAGAGACUGUUAUUUACUGGCCUCAAAUUCUGACAUGAACACCUUUGAAAAUGUUAGGACUUUAUGGACAGCCUAGAGGUGCUUUGAAAAGUCUAUGUUCACAGCAAAAGGCAUAAUCAGCAUGCAGAAUAGGUCACUUGAAUUUUUACCUUAGCUGUUUUUACAUCUGUUUCACAGAACACAAAUUCCUAGGCUGUAAUCUCUAAGGUGGAUUUGUUGAUUUUCUAAGGUACAGUGGGGAAAAAGGAAAGUGUACUUGUACCAUGUUGUUUCUCAGUGCAUGUCAGAAUCUACUCAACAGAGAACAUGCCAGAGCCUUGGAUUCAUUCUGCUACAAGCUACAUCACUCCAAGGGAAAUUUCAAGUUUGUGCCUGUCAACUACUCUGGAUUGUGGAAGCCCCACGAGUUCACUGUGCACAAGGCACAGCCAUUGCCAGCUCUCUCUUGCAUGGUAUUUCUCUCAAGCUCUGACUCAAUCAGGUUUCCAUGAUUGUGACAUUGGGAAUUAAUUGCUAAAGCAGGUUUAUUUAUAUUCUGUCCCUUGCAAAAUAUAUGCAGAUAUGUCUGGCCUCAAAAUCCCCUGCUUUUAUUAGUGCUUAGAGAAUACUGGGCGUGUUUUGCUGUUUUCAGUCGUAUUUUAUUUAAGCUUGCAGUAUUGUCCUGAAUAUUAGCAGUGUUCCAAGAUAUUGCCUGCUAGCCUCUGGCUAGUUUACUAGCAGUGACAGUAUUAGAUCAGAGCGUCUGUAUUCAUGCCUUGCACUAUUCUACUACUGUUAAAACUUCCCGGGCUCCGUAACACACUUACCCCCAGCUCUUCCAUCUACCCAUCUUGUAGAUAUAGCUUGUGAGGAGACUCACAAGUUUCUUUUAAUGGAAUAGCCAGAAUUCUACUCUUGGCAAGUGGCACUCAAUUUGAUUCAGUUAAAGGAGAAAUUGAAGUCAGAAAUAUCUUUGAGUAUUCAUGGGGCAACGUAGAAGAGCAAGGAGACUGCUUACACAUGGUGGUCACAUCUCUGGUUUCAUCCCUAAAACCAAUUUUCUGACCCUAAAUAGAUUUUUUUCUUGUAGCUUUAGGGAUUAUUUUUCUUGUAGUCUCUGGAAAGGGUCAAGCAAAAAGAAAGCUUUGUGGAAACCAUUGCAUCAUGGAGGUCAUGGGAGGGGUUAAUCCAAAGAAUUCCUUCUCCAAAUCUAUAGCCAUGUGGCCACCCUUUGGUGGACUUCUAUUUGAUCAUGACAAAACUGAGAGCCCUGCCCAGAGUUCAGUGGUUCCCAAAGAACUAGAAGAGUAAUCUGUUCCCUCACCAACUCUAGGGGCUUGGCCUGUAGAGAAAAAUGUCACGGGAUUUUAAAGUUAACAUGAGCUGCCAUCCAAACUUAUGUCUCUUCAAGAAUGAAGAAACACAGGCUAGGAGAGGGAACCUAUGAAGCCUGGUGUUGAGCAGUAGCUCGAUGGUGUCUUGAGGCUAAAACUAGACUUCCUACCCCUGACCACACUCAACAGCCUUUCAAUUUGAUCCAUGGAUUGUUUAGUAGUUUUUUAUUUUAUUUUAUUUUGAGCACCUGUCACACCCAGUUACUGUCAUGCCAAGAGGGUCCAUAACAGGCAAGUCCUACUCUGCUGUGCGCACACAAGAUGAAGGAGGCUCACAGUAGUAAGUAAACAGAUAAGCAAACUUAUGUGAUUUUCGUCUUAAAGUCAUUAAGACACACCUCGUGCCCCUCUUUUGUUUCAGAGGGUAUACAGGCUGAACAGAUGUAGGUGUUCGCCUGAUUUUAUUGAUAAGCCCCAUGUGCUUUCAUUGGUUGUAUGUUUUAUGUUAAAACGUCACAUCACCAUGGUAAAAAUGCAUAUUGUAUGUUGUUGGGUAUAUAAUUAACUAGUACGCAUCCCAUGUAUGAAUUCUAAUGUCUGUAAAUGAAAAAUUAUAUAUGUUAACAUAUGUAAUGGUUGUAAUUUAAUAAACUGACACUGAAGGCUAC